CUUGGAAUUCAAAAGAUUAUUCCAAUUUCCAACUGUGGUUGCCAUUCCACCCAAAUCCUAACUGUCUGCAGAACAGUACUGUAUACUAAGUUUGAAUCUCUCUCUCUCUCUACAUUCUCCUUCUCUCUCUUCUUUUGAAAGAAUGAAAUUUGAAGCACUUUUUUUUUCUUUGAAGUUUUGACUGCUUGAUAUGAAAAAGUACAUGUCAAGUUAACUGGGUCUGUUUUAAAACACUCAUGCCAAAGCCGAAGCCAAAGCCAAAGCCAAAGCCUCAUAGAGAGAGAAGACAGAGAUUGUUUUUAUAUUGUAUGUUGGGAAUGGUGAGGCAGAGAAGAAGAAAACAAAACCAAAGUUUGGGUUUUUGUUAGAAUGGCUAUUUCUAUUUUGUAAGGAUACAGAGGAGAGAGAGAGAGAGGAGAAAGAAAAACAGAGAGAAAUGAACUCUUCUGUGUGAUUUUUUUGUUCUUUUUUUUUCCUUCAUCACACAACGGGACAACCUCAAUACUUACAAAUCACCAUAUCAUUACAGUAAAACAACAAACGACUUCGCCGAAACAUUCCAACCAAAUGGCUUCUUCUUCUUGUUUUGUUGUUUUUCUUCUGGUUUUUACUUCCCUCACCUCCGUUUUCUCAACUUCCAUGCCACCCAAGAACCAAACUUUCCACCCGGCCAAAGAGCUGCAGAAACUAAAGCACAUCAGAGCUUAUUUACGCAAAAUCAACAAGCCUUCAACCAAGACAAUUCGGAGCUCAGAUGGUGAUGUCAUAGACUGUGUGAUUUCCCAUCUCCAGCCUGCUUUUGACCAUCCUGAACUCAAAGGACACACCCCAUUGGAGCCGCCGGAGAGGCCAAGAGGGAACAACUCGACGGAAGGUGUGGCAGAGAGCUUCCAAUUAUGGUCAGAUUCUGGCGAAUUCUGCCCGGAGGGAACUAUUCCGAUAAGAAGAACCAGAGAGACCGACAUUCUUAGAGCAAGCUCUGUUCGCAGAUUUGGAAGAAAACCCAUUAGACGUGUGAGGAGAGAUUCAUCAGGCAAUGGCCACGAGCAUGCCGUGGUGUUUGUAAAUGGAGAACAAUAUUAUGGAGCAAAGGCGAGUUUAAACAUAUGGGCACCACGUGUAACCGACCAAUACGAAUUCAGCUUAUCUCAAAUAUGGGUCAUUUCAGGCUCCUUUGGCAAUGAUUUAAACACCAUUGAAGCUGGAUGGCAGGUUAGCCCUGAGCUGUAUGGCGACAGCAAUCCUAGGUUCUUCACGUAUUGGACGACUGAUGCUUAUCAAGCCACUGGCUGUUACAAUCUACUUUGCUCUGGCUUUGUUCAAACUAACAACAAGAUCGCCAUUGGAGCAGCAAUCUCCCCCAUCUCCUCUUAUAAUGGCAAACAAUUCGAUAUUGGUUUAAUGGUUUGGAAGGACCCGAAGCACGGGCACUGGUGGUUGGAAUACGGGUCAGGUCUGCUAGUCGGAUACUGGCCGGCGUUUCUGUUCAGCCAUUUAAGGAGCCAUGGGAGCAUGGUGCAGUUUGGAGGGGAGAUAGUGAACAGCAGAUCAUCAGGGUUCCACACAGCCACUCAAAUGGGGAGUGGCCAUUUUGCAGAAGAAGGCUUUGGAAAAGCUUCAUAUUUCAGGAACCUCCAAGUGGUUGAUUGGGACAAUAAUUUGCUUCCUCUAACAAAUCUUCAUCUCUUGGCUGACCAUUCUGAUUGCUAUGAUAUAAGACAAGGCAACAAUAAUGUUUGGGGCACUUAUUUUUACUAUGGAGGUCCUGGGAGGAAUGUAAAAUGCCCAUGAAAACAAAAAUUAAGUUGUAAUAAUAUUGAAAAAAGCUUGUAGGAUAGAAUGUAAUGUAUAAUUUUUUUUUUUCCUUUCUCCUGGUUUCACUUUUAUGGUUUGUUUUGUUUUUUUUUUUUUCAUAAUGUUAAUCAUAGAGGAUAUGGAAUUUUGUAACUAUUGGAGUGGAAAUACAAAGAAUUAGAAGGUUGUGGUCUCU